UGAAAUAACGAAUAACCCAUUUAUUUUCUCAGUAUUGUUCAUCUCAGUCGAGCGGCGCAUUGAAAAAAAAUUAACCGCAGGUUGCUUAUCCGCUAGGGGGAGAGGCAGAAGAAGAGUCCUCGUGCCUCCUCGCGGCGAGUGCUCGGGGAUGCCUGUGCAGGUCACGUAGUAUCACAGAGAGCCGCCUCAAUGGCCAUGUUUGUCACCGUGGCACUAUUCUUUCUGCUGCUCAACGCCGGCGGCCUGAUGGGCCGCGGUCCGGGGCCUCCAGAACCGCACUCGGACCAGCUGGCGUACACCAUGGACGUAAAUCCAGUUCACCCUUACCAGGCUCCCGUCUACUACAUGCGCAGCCUCCUCGGCCACCUGGAGUACAAACCUCGAGACAUCAACUUCUUCCUAGAGCUAGCGAGGGAGCCCAACGGCUUCUUGGACAUCUUGGACAACUACCAGCACGGCAUCAGCAUGGUAAUACAGUUCGGGAACGCUAUACUCGCACUCGUCGCCAUUGGCGGCAUGGUCGUGGUGGCAGCCCGCUGGGGAGGUUACUGCGGCGGAGACGACUUCCACGAGAUUACACCAUUCUCCAAGACCACUUACACUGUCACUAUGUCAGCGACGCUGUUCCUUGGCGCCGUAGAUUUUGUUCUGGCAUUCAUGCUCUACCAGAGCAGUAGCGACCUUAGUGCCUCCAUCGACGCCCUGCCUGCUGUGAAGGAGAUGGCUGCCAAGGAUCUUGCCGCCUUUGUGACCAACACUAUCAACCAGCAGAUGGACGUAGCAGAGCGAAAAAAGCGGCGGCGUCUGGAAGAGCUCGAAGACGACUUCCAGAAAGCGUUCACCCGCUUCCUCAAGGCUCGUGUGCACAGUGACCUCAUGCUUCGCAAUACCGUCAACAUCAGCGACUGCGCCGACAGUGCUCGGGAAAUCGGCAUGCUUUUCGUGAAGGAUGGAGCUCAUACUCAAGGACACCGCCUGCUACAAACGAGCAAAAGUCUCGCUCGAGUACGCGACUACCAAGAACGGCUCUGUAACCUUGUGGCUGCUCGAGUGAAGAAGGCUACCGCUCUCGACAGAAGGAAAACUGUACAGAAGCUCAGAAAGGAACUCCAUGAAAGUACGCAAGCCAGCGCGCAAGCGGAGCUGAAAGAAACGCUCAAUGGUUUGGACAGAGCUUUCAACAGACUUGCAUCCUACGGCUCGAAAACUGGCUGGUGGGACCGAUUUCGGUCAACCGCGACGUUUGGGAUCGUACCUGUAUUUUUCAUUUUAAUCCUUUUUGUGCUCGUGCCAUUCGCUAUAGCAGCCAUGACGCAGCACAACUUUGAGGAAGAACCUGAGGAACGGAACAUCCGGUCGCACGUGUCAGGCGUGGCGCUCAUUUAUUGUGCUUUCUUCCUUUACAUAUUUGUGGUGCUUGCAUUGUACAUCGCCUUGCAACUUUUUCCGUACGGCGCAGUGGGAGAGUGCUACCUCUGCGGUGCGUACAGACAGGGAUCGUUCCAAGUCCUCAACAUGCUAGCAGUGCGCCUUUGGCCUCUGAACGAGCGGGCUUCGAUGUUCCGUGGCAUACACCCCAGCGAGAUAUUAAGUAAAUGUAGCCACGGGGAUGCAACACUAGCCGACUUGAGCGUACCCGCUGAAGUGCGUCAAGACACAGACGCGGGACACCGGACCACGCGAGCUCCCACGCUGGACUCUGAGCCAUUCAAGCUGGCCCAGCGAAUGCCGGCAUUCGUUGUCCACGACCGGCACGUCGCCAUGCUGCCCACUGAGGACAUCAACGUGACCAAGUUCAUCACAUCGCUGCGCACAAGCCUCUCCAAGGAACGCACCCUGAGCAAGAACACACGCCAAAAAGCUUCACUUUUUCUCCAAAAAUGGAACAGGCUGGACCUGGAGGACGCCACUGAGCGCCUGGCUGCCACAAGUUACCGACGCAUGCUGCUCACAAUGUUACCCAAGUAUUACGAGGAUUAUUUUUACGGACCGACCAUUGAUCGACACAUAGGAAAUUGUGGUCCCGUGUACAAUGUCGUGGAUAAGACUAUGAGUGCCACCUGCGACGGUUUCGUCGACUCGCUCUUAGCAUUUGUUUUCCUUCUUGUCGUGGCGGCAGUGGCGUCGAUAUUGCUGGCGGUCAUGGCCGCAAAAGGAGGGAAAAGAAAUAAGAGAGGCAGAAGGAGAGUCACAAGGAAGAAAAAGGUCAAAAAGAAGAAAAAGAAGAAAAAGAAGAAAGAUGACACUGAAAAGACGUCCGCGUCGACUCUGUCAAAGGCUCCAGAACCAACAAAGACCGUCACGCCAACGCCACCAAAGACCGCCUCCGAGGACGCCGUCAUCCGCAUAACGACCACACGGACAGGUGACAGCCCCGCAGGAUCCGUGGACCAGACAGAGUUCCUGGAGAUUCGCCUACCGAACCAGCAGGAGCAGCCGGCGCCAAUGGUGGUGCAGCCAGCAAAACCACCAACGCACACCGUAGAGACGCUCCACAUUCAGAUCCCGCAACAGCAGCAAGUAGCACCGGUCGUGGUGCCGCCGCCCCCCAAGCCACAGACGUCCACUAUCGAGAUCCGGGUUCCACAGAAGCUCAUCUCACCCAAGCCACCGCAAGUGGUGGCAGUGCCUGCCCCUGCAAACCGGCACCAGGUACAGCGCAUGGUCUCGCUCAACCUCGCAGGCAAUCUGAACGCGCUCGGAGCCCGGCGCUCGACGAGUCAGACGUCGCUGGUGCAGGUGCUGCGGCGACCCUCAGGGGGCCAGCUAAGGACGCUACAGUGGCCCUGGAACUUUUGGUAUCCGUACUGGGGCGGUGGCGGCGGCCAGCCCUUGGCGCGCGCGGUCAGCCUGGUCACCGAGUCCUCAAGCUCGGUCGAGGUCGUCGAGCGCGCCAGGGUGCCCGCCGGAACAGUUGUCCGCCGAGUCCAGUCAGGCCCUUUAGUUACACGGAGAGUGGUGACGGGCAGCUCACCCUACACCUCCGUGUACCCUUAUUAUGCAUACCCACAGCCCUGGUGACAGAAACGGACCUGGACCAUCUGGAAACAAUCUUUAAUGUGUCGAACCGGAUCGCUGCUGCCGUCAGUGAGGCUGGCUCUGCUGCUGCCGCCCCUAUCCACUGGUCGUCUUGUGGGGAUCUGGGGAAAAAAAGAGAAACACCCAGAGUUGGUCCCUCGAGAACCCAACCUGAACGAGCCACAACCGAUGCAGCCGUUGGACUACGAAAGACCAUGCAGGAGCCCCAAGCAGCUUCUUGUUGUUUUACGACCAGAUAGCACUUGCUUACAUUCAGUGUACUUAUGAAAGUUACUAAGGUACAAGCUCCCAUGCGACCAUGGCUAAUAUUGCGGGUCCACUGUGGACUCUGACCUGUGAGGUGCAGCGUGAACUGUUUUUAGUGAUUUCUAUUAAACAACACAGUACUA